UGAAGAGGGAGGACUUUUCAAGAGCAGGGCAAACAUUGUCGACGAUGCUGCGAUUAGCGGAAAGCAGCAAGUUAUAGAGAAGUUACACAUGGUUUGAGGUCCGCUCAAUGAGGAGCGAGGAGUGUCUGCCAAGCAUUGGAUCUGCGAACAUGCAGCAGUGGGAGUUGUUGUUGGAUACCACUACAUUGUUGGAGAAAGUUUGAGGAUGUGUUCACGUUUUGGAAGAGAGGAUAACAGUGAAAAAUUUCAGAGGAAAAGUGAAAGCCUUAAGUUCAUCGUGUGUGUAGUGUAGAGGUUAGUUCUUUUACGCUCGUACUUUCACAGAACUGACUUAAGUUUGAUUUCAACAGUAGAAAUCUCCUCCUAGAUCUACUUCUUUUUUAUUUGCUGUGGUAUUGUGAGUGUAUCUAUGAUGUAGCGGAUAGGCUUCCCUUCGGAGCUUGCAGAAGACGUAUGUUCGAUUCUCACGUGGGUAGGAUUUUUAUCAAAGAUUUUCAAGGUUUGUUUUCUGCCUGGACACUGUUUCUUUCUCAGUGUAAGUUUGCCGUAACAGGUAGGGCCGAAGCAGACGGCUUCCUGAACGGUCUAAACUGUGUUGAUGGACAUCUACAAUUACAUUGUAUAAUUAUGAUAUUGUACUCACACAGCCUAGAUUUGUUCUUCCACACAGGUUGUGUCGGAAAGUUGUACGUCUUGAAAAUAUAAAUGGUCUAAAUUGUGGCGAUGGGGGUAUAACAGUGUCAGUCAUUCAUAUCCAUCAAACAUUGUUGACUUUGUGCUCUUAAAGACGUGUUGUAGUAUGACAAAGGCGAAAGGGGAACGACACCAGCGCCAUCUCUGCAAGGGUCAACAUAUCUUUGCUACACAGUUCAAAACUUUAACAACAAGUAUUCCCUUCUUAAAUAUAAAUUAGAAAGAUGGCAAUCUGGAAUUGUUGCCUAUCCUCCCCUACCCCCUUCCUGAUCCAGGAAACGAAAGCCCCCAAAUCUUACUUGCAACAAAAGUGAUUUUCAAAAUAAAAAGAUAUUUUUCCAAAGAUGAAGUGAUGAGGCUAAAUGUACCAUUCUUUUGCCUUUGAAAUAGAGUGACACAAAACGAUACAAUACAUACGAUAAUCUUAAUAUUAUGAUAUUGAAGUACUGGGUAGUAUUCGACAGUGGACUAUGAAAUUAAAAAGGGUUAAUGUACACCGUUACGACUGGCUUUUAGAAUUGCGUCUUUGUUCUUGUUUAGUUAAACUCUUAAGAGUGUUUCUUGUUUUUGUCAAGGGGACAUUGAGACGAGGUAUUAUGUUGACAAACAAAACUCUUGACAAAACAUUCUGAGUUUGGGUCAAGUAAGGUAACAGCUAGAAACUCAACAUUCAGCCCAGGCCUUCUCAGUACUGUAUUACUUAAGCUGCUGCUAAACAGUUUUGUGAAUUUCGUUAACAGUUAGCGCCCUCUCAGCCAGCCGACGUUGAACGCGUCCAAGGAAAAUACGGAACUGCGCACGUGGAUCUGUGAGUGCAGCAGAUGCUGUUGCCAUGGAAACAGGAGUCACGUGGGGUCAAUGGCUGUCAAUCCAUCUGUAUCGGGAAGCAAUAAUUGGGAGAACGGCUCGAAAUUCAUCACAGUCUGGGAUGAGAACAAUGGCGACACACAGCACGCGAUGAUAUGGAGGUUGUAGAAUGUGGGGUACGGACGUUUCAUCUGUUGUGCGACAAAGUUACAGAUUUCUUUAUCGGGAUUGAGAAAAUUUGUGGCCAGCCUUCAACAAAGGAAAUCACUAUGGUUGGUUUAAGUUAAUGAUACAUUGUGAAAAAUUAUUACUUAGUCGAAGCCUACUGCUUGCUUUAAAUUGAAAAUUUGUGUUUCGGAUUUAUGUAUGAUGGUUUGAAAUGCGCAACAACACUGCCUCUAGUAUACUGCUGAUCAGACAUAGGUGUCCACUUCGUCGUUAAAGAAUUAAUAAAAGGAAAAAAAAGCUCUUCUUAUUCAGGAACAACAAUAAAAUGUUUCCUGUAAUGCCACCCUUUGUAGUAAAUUUAUGUAUCAGUAGUAUGUGCGGUGUGGUAAUUUGUUAGGCAAAAUACAAAAUAUGUUCCCACGACGUUCUCUCAAUCUAUUGGGGACCUAUUUCAUCUUUAUAAUUAUUAUUGUUCGUGCUGUGACCACCGGUGCGAUGUAUCAAAUGCCGAACAUGUACCCGGCACAGCAGACAUUCUCAGAAGAACAGAUGCGAGAAAAUGCUGAUCUUUUAAAUUCAAUGAAGGGUUCAUGGGCUCCUUCAGUAGGCGGGAAAGGAAUACUUUCUCUCAGAACGAUUCCACCAAUUACAACCACAACUGGUGAAACGAGCAGUGCAGCUAUAGAAGAGUCAGAUGAUUUUGGUUUUGCUUUCGCGGUUGAGAUGGGUCCGGAGUACCAGACAGAGUUCUGUCCCUCUACCUGUCACGCCAAAGUCAAUAGAAGUCGUCAAUGUAUUGAGUCCGCCAUCAAGUGUGCAAGACGCAGAUGUGGUCAGAUUUGUGGAGAGUCCGGGGAGUGUUGUUUUACCGCAGACGACUCGCACAAUGAUUCUCCCAAUGUGGACUCUUCACACCUCACAGAUGACAGCAUUUCCAAUAAUCUUACAUCGUGCAUCACGGCAAGGCCAAAUCUCAGUGAUCAUAUCGUGUCUUCGUGCCCUGAACAAGACAUGAUAGCAUUUAUUUCAAACACCAAAGAGCAAAUGCUAGCUGUGCAGGAAAAAAGGCGUGAGAUGGAUGCUUGUAUCACAUGCCUGUUCGCUGAUGGCCACACUUCUUUCAUUACAUCAACAUUUUCCAACAAAACAUACUGCAAUCACCAUUGCCUGCGAUGUAACGAAGGCGAUAUUCUAGAUGAGGCUAAUUUGGUGCUAUGGGAAAAAGAAACGUUUUGCCAAAUCAUCGACGCUAAUAAGAAUGAGGGUGACGGCAUUACUAGAUUUGAUGAGUCGACUGCAAAAGACAACACGAGCUUGACCCACUUCUGCACGUCGACGUUUUUGGAACCAGAAGAUGUCAUAGAAAGGUCAUGUGACGUCAGACUGUUGGGUACGACCUUUGUGGACUCCUGUCACCCUAGACUGGACAUGGCAGUGAGCGUUGACCUGUGCCUGGCUCUCAAGAUGGCUGAGUUGUGCAGGUCCUUCACGUGGCCUAUUUAUGACGAGGACACCAUCUAUCGCAAUAUGUUCUGUUACAUGUGCCAGGAGGGUCAGUGUCGGUUGAUCACAUGUUCGUCUGGCAGAAACUUGAUGCUAGACUCGAAUGGCGAGGUCCAGACGUGCAUACCCCAGAAAACGACUUCCGACAUUUCGGCUGACAGCUAUAUUUACGUCUUAACGAUGGCAUGGUAUGUCCACACCAACGUCUCGCGGGCAGACAGAGGUUCACAUCAAUAUGAUGCAGAUCAUAAAGACAUGAAAAGUGAAACUGAGUCUUUUAGAAAGCAAAGCAAACUCGGACGCAGAAUUCUUCAUUCUAAUAAGAAAGACAGGUCUCGUAAGAAAUACUCUAGAGUGAGGAAAUUCCCACCUACAAGUACUGGAUUGCAGACACAAGAUGGCCCUAUUCGUGGUCAGAAAUAUGAUGAUAGCAACAACAGCGGAACGUUUCUUCAUGGCUCUGCUGGAGGACAGUCGCCAGGAAUCGGGUCCUCGGUACGAGAACACAUAGGGAACUCGCUAGAAGAAAUUGGGAGGCUUGAGUAUUUGUUUCAGAUUUAUCCAGCCGAGGUGCAACAGAACUUAUCAUCGACAGUGCUGAGGCCAGUAGCAAUGUCUUUAUUAUACAUCGCUGUUAACAGAAACGAAUCCGUUUCACACGUGGAGUCGCUACUGCUACGAAAAUUUACAGGAUAUCGUCAACUGAGACUUCAGAGUCAAAACAUUUCAUCGAUUCUUGUUCUGGCAAAGCAUAGAAAUGAAUCGUUAAGAUCUGACGUAGAAUCGUAUUUUCCCUUAAACAAAUUAUCUGGAAAAUGCUGUGCCGUAUCCACAAAUAUAUUCACAAACUACACGAAAGAGUUCCGAAGGUUCUCUUGCUCAGACCCAAACGAAACGGUAACAUUUUUCGACAGUGUUACUUCGUGUCCACAUGUAACCUUCGAUAUUUCUGAAUUCAAUACCACGAAGAGACACAGUCUAAUCCACACAAGGUCAAGACUUCGGCUCAAACGGCAUCGGUACCUCUAUCAGGGCAAAAACGAAAUCUCCGUGUGCAUAAAAGACCUUAACGAAGCGUAUCAAAAGCGACGUACAAAGCGUCGAGAGAUACCGCUUCAACUCCUUGUUGAGCAUGUCCUCACUCUCAGUGCCUUUCCUUUGUCUAUGGCGUGCCUACUGCUAACAUUUGUAACGUACUGCGUCUUUCCAGUACUCCGUUCGGUUCCAGGCAAGAACAACAUGGUCCUGAUCGCGUUACUGUUUCUGGCCCAAGCCUUGUUGCUAACGACGCCGUUACCUAGGAAACGAUCCACUCUGUGCAGCGUCCUGGGCAUGGCUCUCCACACUUCGUGGCUGGCAGCCUUUACAUGGAUGUCUGUCUGCUCCUUCCACAUGUUUCACGUGUUUGUGGUCAGACGAGCCUCCCCCCGCCCCCAACUCUCCCGGAACUGGUUUCUCUUCCGCUACGUCAUCAUCUCUUCCGUGGCAGUGACCUCAUGCGUUGGUUUGGUCAUUAUUACAGAACUCUACGCCUCAAACGGAAGAUCUUUUGGCUACGGAGAGCGUGUGUGUUAUCUUAACUCUUUCUUCUUAGUCGGGGUAGCGUUCCUUUUACCGCUUUCGCUAAUCCUCGUUAUUAACUUAACCCUAUUUGCUAUGACAGUCUUCACUAUUUCUCGCAUUGAGGACGUGAAAAGAGAAGCAGGGCAAGAAAGGAGGAAUAUUCACGUCUAUGCCCGCCUCUCGUCUCUCACCGGCCUCUGCUGGCUGCUGGCUCUCCUAGCAGAAAUUCCUGGACUGCAAGUUCUGCGGUGCGUUUCGGUGCUCGUAAAUGGAAGCCAAGGAGUUGUGAUUUUCUUAUCUUACGCUUGCAAUCGUCGAGUCAUUAGGAUGUGGAAGCAUUUGUUGAAGAACAGAAAAGGAGGGCUCAGUAGACAGUUCACAGACACCAGUCGACAGGGAACGAUGAGCACAAGUGUGUAAAAGUAACUUUUAUCUCAAGCUAUCUUUCAAGCUUUCAUAAAUGGGGCAUGAGCUCAUUUAGUAUCACCCUGGACUGUGGUACCAAUAACCCUUAUUCGAUUCGUAACGCUGCUGCGAUGAUGUUUUAUUGAACUGUGGACACCUGGAAUGCUUGCAAGGCACCCCACCUGAUUGGCUCGGUUCUAUCGGAGACAGAUUUUUAUAUUUAGAGGUCCUAUCUUAUAUGACCUUACAGUGUUGAAAGUGGCAGUAAACUCUUUCAGUUACCAGUUAGCACAUAAUUUCACGUGCAUCUUAAGUCCUUUAGGGGUAUUUUGAUAUCUCUUAACUACAUUUUCAGCGUCAUUCUAUAAACAUUUUUGUCAUUUAUUUUUUAUUAAAAUUGUUUUUGAGAAAACAGAAGAAAUUGAGAGCGUGUAGGGCAAUCGUUAUUUUUCAAUGGAAAACUAGUAAGGAAAUAACGAAAUUGAAUGAAACCUACAUUAUAAGAUAACCCUUAAUGUCCUUUUUUUAAAUACCAGCUUUAUUUGGAAACUACCAAAACAGGUUUGAGCGAUUGUGAAAUGAGGCAGACAAUAUUACAUAGACAUUGUAAGAACCCCGCCGAGAUAAGCAACUGUCUACAAUUCGGACAAGCUUUGCCUUCAGCACUCUGUCCCGCACCCCUAUAAAAGUUGUAGUAGUACAGCAUUCCUCCGAAUAUCACAUAUCACAUUGGUUACGUUCCAGAACAUUUCAUGUUAGAGGGAAAAUCUGCAAAGUAGAAACAUGUCUUUAAGGCAGUAGACGGCAAAGUCACCAGAAAAAUAAUUAUACUGGUCGGGUGAAGAACUGUCAGUAAAAAAUGUGAUCAAUCCUAAAGGGAUAUUGUUCGAAGAACCCAUUUUCAAAGUUUGUCUUGCAUGAAAUUCGACAUACUAGGAUAAAUCAUUCAUAUCUGAACGAAUUGUUGAAAAUUCUAGACCAAAACAUGAUGGACCCUGUUCGUAAUAGCAAAAGCUGAAUAUGUGCAUGGACAUAUUUUUACAUUUUCUUUCAAGAUUAGAAAGCAAGAACAGACAGAUGUAGAAAUUCUACGUAACGACUGCAGUGAG